GGGGAACCCCGUCGUCAACCUCCGCCAGCGACAGUUGUAUCUGCAGAUGGUGGCGACGCGCGCCGCCAUCCAGGCAGCCGCAUCUGCAAGCGAAACGACAGCCGACUCGUUGUGGAGAUCAGUGCUGUCCAAUAACCCGGCCAGUCUGAUCCAUCUCCUGCAAGCGCGCGGCGGCAGCCAAGCAGCGGCGGCGCUUCGCGGCCCCGGCGCCCUGACGCUGUUUCACGCAGCAGUGAUGGGCCGCUGCGUGGAGGCAAUGCUGCUGCUCUGCACGGCAGGCGUGCCCCUGGAUGCUGUGCUGGAGGAAUGCGAGGACAGCAUGCUGGCCCUCAAGCUCUUCCUCAUCGAUCGAGGCAUCCAGCUGACCCCCCGCCAGCUCAACCGAGUGCUUCGUGACGGCGCAGGCUGCACGCCGCUGAUCCUGGCUGCCCGCAUGGUGUACCAGGAGGCGCUGCAGCAGCUGCUGGAGCUGGGUGCCGACCCGAAUGCCGGCACCCACUACCAGCACCCCAUCCGCGCCCUACCGCUUUCUGACAGCCUGCAAGAUCCCCGGGCGGCGACCAACAUCCAGCUGGUCAAGCUGCUACUGCGAUACGGCGCCGACCCCCUGAAAGCGAAUUUCAUGUUCUCAUCCUAUGUGGUGGGGAACGCAUGCUUCGAGCACCUGGAGCAGCAGCGGCAGGCGGGGGCGCCGCUGCAGGUGCGCUGCAAGUUGCAGGCGAUGAAUGUGGUGGGAGGGGCGGCGCGGCGCGGCCUGAUGGCGCUGCUCCUCCAUUUCAUCCCAAUUCUGGAGUCACUCUUCGAGGUUGGGCCAGAUGGCCACACGCUUGUAGCCCAUCCUUGGGACGACUGGCGACUCAACGACAUCCUCAUGGAAGCCAGCCACGGCGCCGCUCCCGGCGCCACCCUGCCGCCACUGCUGGCAAGCCGGGUGCCUUUUGACCUGGCAUUCACUGACUCCAUCGGCUGCACGCUUUUGGAGAGGGCUGCCAUGCGUCGUGGUGCUGCUGUUUCUGUACCGCUGCUGCACCGGGCGGGGGCACCACUCAAUGCAGAGACGCUGUUAGUGGUGGUGCAGCGCUUACAGAGCUCUUCUACAGAGGCGUUGGCAGGGCUGUUGGCGUGCGCGCCGCUGCCAGCUGUGGACACAAGCCGUGUCGCUCUUGAGCUGAGAUGGCUGACCAGCUUUAGCUGCCCUGUGCACCGAGCGCUGCAUGCUGCGAUCAGGCAUCUGGCCUGUGGGCGGAUCGGCGGGUGGGAGUAUUACCGCGAGUGCCUGUGGGAUGCCAUGCGGGUGUUGGAGCUCCUGGCGGGCGCUGGCUACCGUCCGACAAAGUAUAGCAUUGAGGAGGUACAGCAGGUGCUGCCGGAUUUAUCUCGCUACAACGAACCGGGCAUGUCGAGGCUGAUUUUCAUUGCGGCAGGCGGCGUCUGGAGCCGCUCCACCCAUUGCCACUGGCUGGCUGUCUUCAAGGCGGUGACACGCACCCUGCUGCUGGCGGCGCACCGCACUGCGCCCGCCAGCAGCAGCAGGUCUGACCCUGACCGCCUGUUUAUGAGCAGUGCGCUCGAGGCAAUCAGCAGCAAGCUUGAGCGGCAGGAGGACCUGAGCGACAGCGACUUUUGGCGGUUCUUGGAGGGCCUGGAUCGUCGCCCCAGCAAGGCGGAGAUCAGGGUCAGCGAGGAGCAGUUCCAGCCCACCAGCUUUGUGCUGCAGCAGGGCGGGACUCUCCUCAUCACCGUGCGAAGCGGCCCGCCGCAGAGCUUCAGGAUCGGGAGGGACGAGGAGGACGUGUUUGAGACGCCCGCAAUCCCCGCAGGCAGCUCCUACACCUGGACGCCGGCAGAGGCGGGGCUGUUUGCGGUGCGCAGCGAGGUCUACCCCCAUCUGUGCUCCGCGGUCAAGGUUGUGAAGCGGGAGGAGGCGCUGGCGGCGGCAGGGCCAACUUCUAGAGCCGCGGCGGCCGCUAGCAGCCACAGCGCAGCCGCACCAGGCUUCCCCCGCAGCGGCAGCGGCAGCAUGUCAUUGGACGUCGAAGAGUUCAUCCGCUUCCCGCUGCUCGGGCCGCGGCCGGGUAUGCCUAUGGCAGCCCUGAAUAGCGACAGCGCCGCCGGCGAGCUGGCCAGCCGCAGCCAGGGCACACAGACUAGCAGCAGCCGCGUCAGCCGGCAGAAGAGCACUGCUGGGGCAGGCGCCGGCGGCCCCGGCCUGGUGCUGGGCCGCUUUGCGCAGCCACCGGACUCACGCCCCAGCAGCGCCAGCAGCACAGCAGAGGGCAGCAGCGAGGGGGAGGAGGCGGCAGCUGGUGUCCAGGAGGACAGCCUUCUAGACUCGCCGCCGGAGAGCGGGCUGCGCCGCCGUGGCCGCUCGACCAGCCAGGCAGCCGACGCGGCGCUGCCGGCGCCUAGUAUAACAGCCAUGCCGCCACGCCAGUCGGCAGCACUAGAUACCUUUUCGGCGCUCUCGAACUCCAAUGGAUCCGGGAGCUCCCCUCGUAGCGGCAGCGGCAGCGGCAGCGAGCGCAGCGCCGCGUCGGCGCCGCUCUACGUGCAGCGGCGAGUGCCCGGUGGGAUGCUGUCCACCACCCACGCCUUCAGCAUGUCCCGAGGCGGCAGCGGCGGCUUCAGCGACAGCCGCAGCAGCGAGGAGACGCAGCCGCUGCUGUACAGCGUGGGCCCCACCCGCACGCCUCACCUGCAGUCAGCCAGCUACGGCAGCAGCUACCAUGCCUACCCACGGUCCGAUGCCGGCGCGGGCGGCCAGGCCGAGCCGCGGACGCCUCAUUUCCACAAGUGCCCUCGCUGCCGCAAAGAGUUCUUGUCAACCAUCAACCAGCGCCGCUGCAUCAGCUCCCACCUGGGCGCCAGCGGCACACGCGGCGGCGCGCACAGCAGCGGCGGCGUGCCAGACUCCAAGCAGCUGGCUGAGUUCUGGGACAGGCUGGGUGAGGGGGAGAAGCGGGAGGUGAUGGACCUGAGCAGCGAGCCCAACAGCGAGCACAUUGUACGCCAGCUGGAGGCGCAGCUGCUGCACCGCAAGCGUGACGGCCAGCUGGAGGGGCUGAGCAAGGAGCAGCGGCGGCUGCACACCGCCGGCAAGAUGCUGCACCAGUUCUGCACCGGCACUGCCUCGGGCGGCAGCACCUUCACCGGCUCUAACCUCGUCAGCGUGCUGAGCCAGGUCAGCGAGGGGACAUUCCUGUGCGGCAGCCACACCAUCAACCGGGCCGAGUUCUCCGCUGGCGACAACCUGGAGGCAGGGCUGGGGGCGCUGGUGACCAAGCGCCUGGUUGAGGCUCAUCUGCGGGCCAAGCAGCGCGAUGCCGAGCGGCUGCAGCGGGAGCUGGAGGACCAGGAAGCGGCCCAGGUGGCGCAGAAGGGCAAGCAGCAGCAGCAGGGCGGCAGCACGCAGCAGCAUGCGGCGGCUGCAGGUGGCAAGAAGAAGGCAAAAGCCAAGGGCAAGGGCAAGGUUGCGGCGCCUGGCAAGCACGCCACCUCCAGCAAGCCAGCGACGGCUGCGGCCUCUGAAGCCAGCUCAGAUGCAGAUGCUGGCGAGGUGGCUUCCGCCGUCGCAGCCACAGCAGCAGCACAGCCUGUUGAGGCAGCGCACGCGCAGCAGCAGCAGCCCACAGCAAACGGCAAGGCGGCACCAGUGCGGGCGCUGUCGCCGCCUGCUGGUGGCAGCCGCUAUGGCAGCAGCCCGCAGCGGCCCUCUGCCACUACCAGCAGCUUCACAAACUUUCUGUUUGCAGCAGAGGAUGCGGCAGCAGAGGAGGAGGAGGAGGGGGAGCCAGUUGAGCUUGAGAACGGCUGGCGCACCGCCAGCAGCCGCCCCUCCUCCCGCGCCUCUCGUGGCGAGGCUCCGCCCAAGGCCAAUGGCACCCUGCACGCAGCGCCCGCCGCAGCCAAGGGCAGCAGCGCUGUGCGGGCCGCACGCAGCAGCAGCGGCAGCGCUCUGCCUGCCGCUGAGCGGCCACCUCCCAAGGAGCCAGCCAAGCCUGCCACCGCCGCCGCCAGUGAGGCCGCAGCUGGAGGCCACGCUGCGGCAGAGGGAGCUGAGGCUCGGCGCUGUGCAUCCGUCACGCCCCCAAUCUCGGAUGCAGGCUCGCCGCCCCCUGCCGCACUGCUGCCGCUGCCGGUGGGCGGCUACCCUGUGCCGGGCUGGGUGGGGCCCGACGGCGCUGUGAUGCCGCCGCCGGUGGGAUACUACUGGCCCGUGAUGGCGCCGCCUCAGGGCAUGCAGUUUGGGAGCAUGGACAUGCAAGAUGUGCCGCCCUCAGGGCCCUUCCCUCCUUUCCACCCAGCCUUCUACCACCCAGCCCCCUACCCGCUGCCCCCCGGCCACCCGGGCGCCCCAGCCGGCAUGCCCAUGCCGCCGCACCCACACAUGGCUUAUUGCGAGGGCCCCCUGCCGCCCUUCCCGCCCGGCAUGCCCAUGCCACUGCCACCAGAGGCAGCCGAGGAGCUGGCGGCGGCGGCGGCUGAGGCCGAGGCAGCGGCCGCAGUGCAGUGGUCAGAGGAUGGCACACAGCGAGCUGCCGAGGAGCAGGAGGAGGCUGAGGAGGCUGCACAGCCUUCAGCAACGCUGGAGGACUCGGCUGGCCCCAAGCCUGAGCAGCAGGCAGCUCUGGAGCAGCAGGGCAGCAGCGGCGGCGGCUUCCUCGCCAUGCUGCAGGCAGCAUGCGGCGCGCCUCCUCCUGGCUCCCAGCCUGCAGCGGCUGCUGGCAGUCGCAAGCGCCCACAGCGCCAAGGCCCAACCUUUGAUGCCGCCGCUGCGGCUGCCGAGUUCGAGCGCCGCUGGCGGUCGGCGGCGCCCAAACUGGCUGCCGCUCUGCCGCCCGCUAGCAAGGCAGCAGGCCACCAGCUUCGCGCCGUCUCUGCCGUCCAGGCUGCUGCCCUGGCGCCACGCAGCAGCAGCAGCAGCCCUGCAAGCCUGAUUGCUGGCAAGGGCCUCCCGGCUGUUGCGGUCAAGUCUGGCGGCCCCGCAUCCGCCGGCGGCAGCGGUAGGAACAGCCCCGCUGGCGGCGCCGGCAGCGUGGUUGUUGCUGUGCGGGCGUGGUCAACCGAUGACAGCGCCAGUGACAGCGUGCCGCGCUGGAAGAUCCAAUCCGGCAUCCAGGGCCAGCAGCCGCAGCUGCAGCAAUAGCACCACCCGCAGCAAACAGCACUAGUCUCAGCUCAGCAGUAGCAGCAGUUCAGACAGUUGCCGCUGCCCGACCCAACACGCCUUUUGCACAGCCCCUCUCCCCCUCUUUUUGACAGCGCACCCACAUUUAUGCAGCAGGAAUAUCAGCAGCCUGCCGCGGGCAAGCCACAGUGGCUUGCUGCGGCGGCACCGCUCGCCUGCCCCUUGGGACCAAGCAUGCACGAUUUUAUCUGGCUGGGGGCAUCGGCCAGACCUCAGUGGCGGCCAUCGGAAUCUAGCAAGACCCCGUUCUGAAGAGCUUUGUGACCAUGCCUCUUCAACCCUCCUGCCUCUCCCCUCCUGCCUCUUCUCCUCAGCCCUCUGCACAUAGCACAGCUCUGCAAUGAACACGCCUAACCGCACUUCCCGCCAUGCGCAGCCAGGCACAGCCGCACCGACCUUGCUCUACUCUGCCACGCAUUCCUUCCUUUACUGUGUUCCCAUGCGACCCUAUCCAUCUGUAAUUUACUUGGUUUAGAA